GCUACAAGUCGUCGUGACGAGUGGAGCAAGCCAACAUGAAGUUAUUACAUGUUCUUUUCUUGGUUUUAUCUGCUGUAUUCUCUGCAAAAGGAGUUCAACAUGGAACUCUUCGCAUCGGCCAGACAAACCCUGAUAAUUACUACUGCGAUACUAUCACCUUCCCAACGACCUUUACUGGAGUUGAUCCUGUCAAAGUCUUUAYGUCAGUUGGAUUUGGCACGAGCUCAUCACGUGUACAUGACGUAGUGUUCACGUGGGUUGAGUCUGUCACUACAAGUAGUUUUAAAGUCUGUCUGGUAGAGAAUGGCGCUGGAUCAAGUGGCAAUGUGACUAUUAAUUGGAUGGCUUAUCAAGGCGUCCAGUCUGGUGUGGCGGACGGCUCUGUGAGGUUGAACGACUGGACGACGGGAACGGAGUGCAAACACGUUCGUCUUUCCCAGGCCUUUGCAAGUGUUCCCCACGUCUUUGUUACUGCACUUCACAAUGUGUUGGACAACAAGCAUGAUGCAGCUACAGUUUGGGUGGAAGGAAUCACUAGAAACGAUUUUACUGUUUGCAUGAGAGAAGCGAGAACCUUUGAUGGACGCCAUAAAGACAUCGAUGUGACUUGGAUGGCAAUGACUGAAGUUCCCCAGACAUGGAAUUAUCAUGACUUUAUCAGAGUAGACUUUCCAAACACUCUUGUACCAAGCGAGGCUGACAAUGAUGCGUUUUGCCAGGUAAACCAGAAACUAGUUGUAGCAUGUCAUCAAAAUCUGAGUGUGAGUAGAAAUGAUCAACUCACUAAUGACGUGGUAUCAGUUGAUUGGGUAGCAUAUCAAGGCUCGCCGAGUGGCGCUGUGACUGGGAAGGAAAGGAUAGCACAGUGGUGGACUGGUACCAAAUGUACGACUCUUAUGUUUCCAGUUGGUAAAUUCAAGGGAAUCCCUACAGUACUCGUCACUCUUGAGCACCAAAGAAAUGGACUUAAGCACGAUGCUGCCAGCAUUUGGCUUGAAGAUGUCAGUCCAUUUUUGUUUCAAGUKUGUAUCAGAGAGCUUCAAAACUUUGAUGGAAUACACGAAGACAUUGAUGUGGAUUGGAUGGCCUUCGAAACACUUCAUCUUCCACUAUUCUCUGAACAUGGCAUAGUGAAUUUUUCAAAUGCCUACACUCCUUUAAAAUCCAAUAACUACGCUUUUUGUAAGAAUGUGAAAAUGGCACAAAACUACACAAGAAGACCUUCAGUGCUGAUAACACCUACUCACGAUACAAGUGUUGGCCAAACUGACCCCAAAUGCAAUGGAAUUUCUGCAUGGAUCGAGGUAUGUUGGAUUGACGGUACCAAUGUUAACUUUACGUACUGGGCGAAGAACCAACCAAACGGUUACCCUGGAGACCAGGAUUGUGUUCAUACACUGGGAUUACGUCAUGAAUAUCACUGGAAUGACGUCACUUGUGGUUCCUGUCACUCAUACACUUGCAAAAGAGAUAUAAAUGAAUGUUCCGUUGUUGAUUCUUGCCAUCCUGACGCAUUUUGCACAAAUACAAUUGGAUCGUACAUCUGCCAGUGCAAUCCUGGUUACAAUGGUGAUGGACAAUCAUGCUCAGAUGUUGAUGAAUGCACUUCAGCUGUUCAUACUUGUGAUGCCAACGCGCAGUGUACAAAUAAUGUUGGGUCCUAUGCCUGCAGUUGUCACCUUGGAUUUAGCGGUAAUGGGAGGAAUUGUUCAGAUAUCGACGAAUGUUCGUCUGGUUCACAUAGCUGUAAUGCCUACGCACAAUGCGCUAAUACAGUUGGAACCUACACUUGCCAGUGUAACCCGGGCUAUCAUGGAGAUGGAUGGGCUUGUACAGAUGUCGACGAGUGCACUACAGGUUCCCAUUCUUGUGAUGCUAACGCACAAUGUACGAAUAACGUUGGUUCCCACACUUGCCAGUGCAACCAUGGUUUCCUUGGCAAUGGAUGGACGUGCUCAGAUGUGGAUGAAUGCUCGACAGGUKCYCAUACSUGUAAUGUYAAUGCACAAUGUAYUAACACAGUUGGGUCAUAUAGCUGUCAAUGUAACCUUGGUUUUCAUGGCAACGGACACAUGUGUACAGAUACCGAUGAAUGCUCUUCCGGAGUCCAUUCUUGUCAUGCAAAUGCACAAUGUACUAAUACCAUUGGAUCUUACACUUGUCGUUGUAACAGUGGAUACGAAGGUGAUGGACUCACAUGCAGAGCUUAUCCAAGGUCUUGUAAGGAUCAAAAGAGUACAUUUCCCGCUUCAUCAUCAGGUUCUUACACCAUUGAUCCAGAUGGUCAAAAUGGAGAGUCACCGUACACAGUUUAUUGUGACAUGACUGACAAGAGUGGGGUGGGGGUAACGGUUAUCAGCCAUGAUAGCGAAUCAACGACUAGAGCGCACAACUGUCCUGGUUAUCCAGGUUCCUGCAUCCGAUAUGUUGCCUAUACUGGAGCUUCUAUCGCCCAGUUAGCAAAACUAACUGCAAUAUCUUCACAAUGCGACCAAUAUAUCGAAUAUCAGUGUACUGGUGAUAUUGUUUUUAUUGAGGACUCGUAUGCUUGGUGGGUGUCACGUGAUGGUGUAAAUCAGCACUACUGGGGAGGAGCGACACCAGGUAGCUACAAAUGUGCCUGUGGUAUGACAAACUCGUGUCAUAAAGGCCGUGGAUGUAACUGUCAUAAUAGUGGUGAUAUUGGGUGGCGCACUGACAGUGGUCUGCUGACUGAUAAGUCCACUCUACCGGUGACAGAGAUGAGGUUUUCAGAUACUGAUAGCAGCAAUGAAGAUGCUUAUUAUCAACUUGGUAAACUAAAGUGUUACUAACAGACGUCGUUGAACGUCAAAGAAAUCAUGAUCAAAAGCAAAUCACAAACAAUAUUGUCACUGAAGGACAAUUCAGUACGUCCUCUGCAUACUUAGAAUCAUGGAAAACCAGAUCAAGAACAAACAGCUUUGUCUUGCAACCUAGUGCAAUUAAUCAGUUAAGUUGAAAAUUAUUAGUGAAGCACUAACAAACUUUGUUGAUGUCA